GGCCUCAUGAACGUUGAGACAAGAACGUUGAGAUUCUGGUCUGUUAACCAAAUAUAUUUCAAUCUGAUGCUACUUGCAGGAACAUCAAAAGAAAAUGAAAAAUAAAGAUAGAAAAUAAGCCCGUUUGUGGCAUGUGUCUAUGUAUCUAGUAUGGAAAGACAGGACCAAACAGCUAGAGUGGUCGACCACAUCAACCCUUAACCCAGUUGCAUGUUAUCAGAAAAGCCCCACAGUGUGCUUAACUACAGACGUUCAGUGUUUACUUUGCCCUGCUGGGAUUUUGCAACGUAUCAACAUAGCGAUUUGUUGCACAGGAAAUUGAAAAUGUAUGAUGCUCUGUCUACAACCUCUUGAUGCGGAUUUCACUUGCCAUUGAAGAUUAGUGAGAAUUGUAGCAACUUCAACACUCGACUCGCGAUCGCGUGGGCCCCCUUUGUUGUAAUUCUAAUUUGUCGUCAGAUUUCCGCAGUGCUUGAUCUCGAUCCUUACUAACAGUGAAUUUUGUUGUGUUUAUCUAUCACGGUAUCUUCACUGAUGGUGCAAACGAAUGUUCUGUUCGGUGCCGCUUUCGCGUCAUGAUGCGUUUUGCUUACUAGCUUCGUAAGUAGUUUGAAUUUUUCUACAAUGAGACUUGGAUUUCGGCUUCCGUUUCCCUACAAGUGCAAUCAAGCCGGGCAGCGCGUUUUCAUCUCGAGUGUGACAGAGCUAGAGAUAGAGCGGGUACUUGCAGAGUGCGAAGGGCGAGUGUUUUUUUUCAAAUUCCACUUGAUAGAGACCACGACGACAUGUAAGUAGAUGGGUCACGGAAGUUGACUCGAGUGAUCGAGGAUAUGGAUACAGACAAAAAGCAGAUGUCAGCAUCUCCGUCUCCCUUCGGAAUUUCGCUCCCGUCCGCGUGUCUGGGCCAUGCCAGCACUCAGACGCCCGGUCGUAUAUUACCACGGUUUCUCACUUUCGUCCUUUGCCCGGCAGCUCUGUCCCUCGCGCAGGCAGCACAACAAGAAGAAAGCCAGCCGCAGGAGUACGCGUAUUCUCCCAACGCGGAGCUACAAAUUGAGGCCGGAAAUGAUCGUGGUUCAGAUACACAAGACAAUUCUGUGGCCCCCUCUGCAUCUGCAGCAGCGCCGCAAGAAACUACAGGUACAUCUUCUACCACCGUCCAACAAGGGCAAUCCCAACCUCCAGCAAAGGUCCGGCACACCCCCGACCAGCGAGAGUGCAGCAACAACUGGCUGAGUCCGGAUUUUUGCGCCGACAUGGUGUGUUGUAUUUGUCCCGCCGAGCAGUGGCAGAUGUAUCCGGCGGAGUACCAACUGGACCCGACGCAGAUGUACCUGUACAAAUCGCGGGGUAACAACGCGUUUUUCUGCGGUUGCGCCGCAUCCGUCCCCGACCCGCAGCGCCCGGUGCAGAUUCCGGAGGACGCGGCGGUUUUUCCCGACGCCAGCCCCUACAAGGUUCUCGGCCUCGAGGAGGACGCGCAACUUUCCCUGCCGGAGCUGGAGCAGCGCGCGGACGAGAAGAUAAACCGCGUGUCAUAUCAAAAUGAAAAAUGCCUCCAGCCCAAAAUUUGCAAAAGUUCUUUCUGAUGCAAAGUUUCCAAAUGAAGACUUCUUGUCUUGCACGAAAGGACUGCGAGUCUCAUUCUGAUGCAGAAGAAUCUAGGCUAGUGAGGCAUCUUUAUCUUUUACAUUACAGGCCCGGCUGCUGCUGGGCUCUUGCGCAACACAAAUUUGAGCCAUUCAGCAUGGCAAAUUUGUGAUGCUGAUAUAUGCAAGACGGGGAGUGUUUCUAUUGGAAAGGUUUGCAAUAGAAAUGCUGCCGAGUUCUUCAGGGGAGGUGGGGGCAUUUUUCAUUGUAAUAUGUGCUUCCCGUACUUCGCCGACCCGCGGUUCGACCGCGUCACGCUGUCCUACGGCUUGCCGCAGUCGUGGAAAAAGCUCUUUCCCGAAGUGGACGACCGGGAGCUGAAGAACUGGCUGGAUGCCCAGGUCGCGCUGUUGGCGAAGGCCAAGGAGACCGUGCAGGUCGGCUCGGUCACGCGGACCAAGUACGCGGACGGCCAGGUGAUCGCGGACGUUUUCCAGAAAAACGCGGAAGUCUCCGGCAACGCGGACUGCAUGUGUCCGCCGGGCGCCCGCCGCCAGCAAACCGUCCGGUACGGCUUUGUCUGCCGCGCCACCUCCCCGCCGACCCUGCUCACGGCCACUGGAGCUGCCGCCGGCGAGCAAGUGCUGGCUUCUACUCCGUCGGGGCAGGAGGAGAACAAAGGACCACAAGGAAAGCUGCGCGGAGGACAAAAGGGGGAGCGGGUUCCCUUUAUCGAGUGGGACCUCGUUCGGGAAAAACUGGCGGAGGCCACGGGAGGUGGGGGUUUGUCCAACAUGUUGCCGAAACAAAGCAUACGGAUCACGCAAAACGGGGAUGUAGAUGCCAAGAACUAGUUUUUCUGGAAGAGCGUGCAACAUCUUUGUGUUGUUCGGAGAAGCAGGCGAAAAAAUAAAAGGAAGAGAAAAUCCGCGCGAAGCAUCAUCAUGUCGCGUGGAGACCGAC